GCCAUCGUACGACAUAACGAUCAACAGGAUUCUCUAUCAAUCAAGAAUGGGAGCGACUCCAUCCCUCAUCGAAAGAGAAGCACGUCCACACGCAGAAGCCGUGGCUGAACAGGCUCGCAAGGAUGUAGAACUUGCGCAGGCUGCGUUAAUAAAGAUCAUCCAGGCAAAUCAAAAAUCACAGCAAAAGGCUGCCGAGGCUCAGCUCGCCGCACAGGCGCAGGUAUACAAGGAGAUGGUAACGACGUUGCAGGCUGAGCGGGCUGCUAAGGAAGCCGUGCAGGUACAAUUUCACAAGGAAAUGAUAGCGCUGGUCCAGGCGGAAUGGGCUGCUAUUCAAAAACGAGCGAGCAUGGACAUUCAGUCUGCUCAGGAGCAUGUCGAGAAAUUACAAGAGAGGGAUGCAACUGCUGACCAGGAGGCGACCGACGCAUUAAAGAAAGUGGCAGAAGAGCGAGUAAAGAUGGCUAAUGCUGCCAAGGAGGAGGCUGAACGGAAGUUGAAAGAAGGCAUUCAACCUGUGGUGACUCCCACACCUGAAGAAGUCAGCGCCGCUAGGCAGAGAGUGCAAUAUGACGAGGACCUUUUCCACAUCGCAGUAACCGGGGUGGCAGGAGGAGGGAAAUCAUCUCUCAUCAAUGCCUUCCGUGGUUUGCGUAAUAAGGACACCGGAUCUGCUGCUACUGGUGUCACAGAGACAAUGCUGGUCACGGCCAGAUACGCCAGCUCCAACAUGGAACAAAUAUAUGCCUGGUACGACAUCCCGGGCGCAGGCACACUCAAAAUCCCAGACUGGCAGUAUUUCCAUGCCAAAGAACUUUAUGUCUUUGAUGGUAUCAUCGUGUUGUUCGACAAUCACUUCACCAUGACCGACAUCGCCAUCCUCGCGAACUGCAAGCAUUUCAAGAUCCCCACGUAUAUCGUGCGCUCCAAGGCAGAUCAGCAUAUCUGUAACAUCAUGAACGAUAUGGGCUACUACAGCGGCGAUGAUGAGAGUGAGGACCGGAAGAAGACGCUUUACCGGGCUGCACAGGAGCAGUUCAUUCAACAGACGCGCCAGAGCGUGAAAGACAACCUGGAAAGUGCCAAUAUGCCUGAUCAAAGGGUUUACGUCGUCUCGAAUAAAACGAUGCUCGAUGUCGUGAAGGGAAAGCAGCCGCCGGAGAACAUCAUCCACGAGAUUGAGCUGUUGAGCGACUUGGAAUGGUCAAGGACUGGCCCGGGUGAAGAAUAUGUUGCAGUCUGUUGA